CCGGGAAUGACCGUGAAAUGGACACCGCCACUCUCCCCUCUUCUCUCUCCUCUUCUUUUCUUUUUAUUAUAACAACGCUGGAGUUGCGGAUUUUCCUUAUACCCGCACCCCCUCUCUCUCAUAUGAGGAGCCAAGGAGGAAGGGAAAAGUUUAAGUCUCCAAAGAAAGAAUCUACAGCUUUCUUUCCUCUCACCUUUUCCUCUCCUCCACAUUUCCAACAACGCCACUUCUCUUUUAAAGGUUUUGUAUCAGAAUAUCUCUUGAAUCUUCUUUGAAUCAAGAAAGCGAGGAAAACGGAGAGAAGAUGACAACAAUCUCUUCGCCGAUUCUCUUACUCUUCCUUCUCUCUGGCGCCCUAUUAACCGUUCCGGCCUCCGCCGUAAUCUCCCCGGAGUCGUACUCCGACGAGAAGCAGCCGCUGGACCCGGGGGAGUUCCCCUCCGCCGGCCCCAACACCGUCCCUGCCUUCCCCGUCGUGCAGGCCGAGAACCAGACCUGCCGGCUCGACCUCUCCGACGAGCUCUUCGGGGGCGUCAGCGAGGCCUGCGGCCGCUCCCUCGACCGCAGCCGCUGUUGCCCGGUGCUCGCCGCUUGGCUUUUCGCCGCCCACGCCCGGUCGGCGCUGGAGGUCCGUCCCCCGCCGGCGGCGACGAAGGGUGUGGCGGACGGGCCGCUGAUGCCGGACGACAACCAGAAGUGCGUGGACUCGCUGCAGAGCUCGCUGGAGCAGCGGGACAUCCGCCUGCCAAGGCCCAACGCCACGUGCGACACCGUGCUCUGCUUCUGCGGCAUCCGGCUCCACCAGAUCGGGUCGCUCCGCUGCCCGGCGGCGUUCAACGUUAGCGGAGGCGGAGGCGGCGCCGCCCGGAACGCCACCCCGACGGCCGCGGUCCGGGAGCUGGAGCGCAACUGCCGCAACGCCUCCUACGCCGGCUGCACCCGCUGUCUGCGCUCGCUGGAGAAGCUGAAGGGCCACGAAGGAGGAGCCGGCGAUCGGGCGGCGAGGAUGUUCGGGCGGGACUGCCAGCUGAUGGGGCUGACGUGGCUUCUGGCGAAGAACAAGACGGCCUACAUCCCGACGGUGUCCGCUGUUCUGCGCGCCGUACUCUACAGCGCCCAUCCGCCGAGCCACGACGGCGACGGCGGCUACCGGUGCAGCCCGGACCAGGAGAACAUGCCCCUCGCCGUCGACUCCCUCCAGUUUCAGAAGCUCGACUCUUCCACCGCCUCUUCCCCUUCUGCCCUCGUCAUUAAGUUCUUUUCCCUUCCUGUCCUUCUCGUCCUCUUCUCUCUCGUGAGUGGCCUUUGACUUGGGCAGGUGAGUGAAGACGACAAAAGGGCCUCUCCUUUUUCGUCCUUUUUCCGCCCGCUGUAAAUUUUCUGGUUCCCACUAUCUGGUUUACAAUUAAUAUUUAAUACAUGAUAUCUACAAUAUAUAACUGCUGAUUCAUAUAUACCUUUGUUGUAAUGUUUCGAGUUAUUAUUAAA